AAGAAUCCCAAGAGGAAAAUUAAGAAUUAUUCCUUACCUAAUAAAUUCUCAUUCUCAGUUGAUUUGGCCAUGAAAUAUCAGGGUUAGGAGCCCAGUCUCCCCAUGCUACAGUCUCCAGAGUGUGUGGCAAGGAAUCUGAAAGAUUCAUCUCAAGAAAUGUUAGACAAAGAAGAAGAUCACUAUGUGGACUCAUCCUCUGACCUUGCUAAAGGUGACAACCACUAUCAUCAUUAUCAUAGAAUUCUUCUGGAGCCCCAGGAAAAAAAAAGUACUGACUUUAAAGAAUAUGUGGUCCAAAAGUUGAAAAAGACUUGCUGUUGUAGCCCAGCCAAAGCCAAAAACUGGUUUUUUGGUUUCAUGCCAGUUUUGCAGUGGCUCCCUAAGUAUGACCUGAAAAAAUAUCUCCUUGGAGAUAUAAUGUCUGGCUUGAUUGUAGGCAUCUUAUUGGUACCACAGUCCAUUGCAUAUUCUCUUCUAGCAGGCCAGGAGCCAAUUUAUGGUUUAUAUACUUCUUUUUUUGCUGGAAUAAUUUAUUUCUUAUUUGGGACAUCCAGACACAUCUCAGUGGGUAUUUUUGGAGUGUUGUGCCUCAUGAUCGGUGAAGUAGUUGAUCGGGAGGUGCAUAAAGCUGGCUAUGGGAUGGAACAUAAAGCUUAUCCUGGCCUCUUCGAUCACAUAAACGAAAGCAUCAUCAUUCCAGCUGUGAACCACACAUCAGGACAGAUCUGUGAUAAAAGCUGCUAUGCAAUUACUGUUGGCACAACAGUUACUUUCAUAGCUGGAGUUUAUCAGAUAGCCAUGGGCCUGUUUCAGGUGGGCUUUGUCUCCGUCUACCUCUCUGAUGCCUUGCUGAGUGGAUUUGUCACUGGUACCUCCUUUACUAUCCUUACUUCUCAGGCCAAAUAUCUUCUAGGACUAAACAUCCCUCGAAGUAGUGGUAUGGGCUCUCUCAUUACUACCUGGAUAUAUAUCUUCAAAAACAUUCAUAAAACCAAUCUCUGUGACCUUGUUACUAGCCUUUUGUGCCUUCUUGUCCUUGUGCCAACCAAAGAACUCAAUGAACACUUCAAAUCCAAACUUAAGGCACCAAUUCCCACUGAGCUGGUAGUAGUUGUGGCAGCUACACUGGCAUCUCAUUUUGGAAAACUGAAUGAGAAGUAUGGCUCCAGUAUAGCUGGACAUAUUCCAACUGGGUUCCUGCCUCCCAAAGCACCUGAUUGGAACUUGAUUCCUAAUGUGGCAGUCGAUGCAAUAGCUAUUUCUAUCAUUGGUUUUGCUAUUACCGUGUCACUAUCAGAGAUGUUUGCCAAGAAACAUGGCUACAUAGUCAAGGCCAAUCAAGAAAUGUAUGCCAUUGGCUUUUGUAAUAUCAUCCCUUCCUUCUUCCACUGCUUUACAACCAGUGCAGCUCUUGCCAAGACCUUAGUCAAAGAGUCUACAGGCUGUCAGACUCAGUUUUCUAGUGUGGUGACAGCAAUGGUUCUUUUAUUGGUCCUCCUUGUAGUAGCACCUUUAUUCUACUCCCUCCAAAAAUGUGUCCUUGGAGUGAUAACCAUUGUAAAUCUUCGGGGAGCCCUUCGGAAGUUUGGUGAUCUGCCCAACAUGUGGAGGCUUAGCAAAAUGGAUACAGUUAUUUGGUUUAUUACUAUGCUCUCCUCUGCAUUGAUAAGUACUGAAAUUGGUCUGCUUACUGGGGUCUGCUUUUCUAUGUUUUGUGUCAUCCUUCGAACUCAGAAGCCAGAAACUCCUAUACUUGGUCAUGUGGAAGAGACUGAAAUCUAUGAGUCUUUGUGUGCCUACAAGAACCUUCAGACUGAGCCAGGAAUUAAGAUUUUCCGUUUUGUAGCUCCCCUCUACUACAUCAACAAAGAAGGUUUUAAAUCUACCUUGUACAAGAAAACUGUCAGCCCAAUCUUGGUGAAGGCAGCACGGAAGAAGGCAGCAAAGAGAAAGCUCAGAGAGAAAACAGUGACUUUCAGUGGCUGCCAGGAUGAUGUUUCCAUCAGCCUCUCUCAUGAGCCCCCAGAGCUCCAUACCAUAGUAAUUGACUGCAGUGCCUUGCAAUUUUUAGAUACAGCAGGAAUCCAGACACUCAAAGAGGUUCGCAAAGAUUAUGCAGACAUUGGUAUCCAGGUUCUACUGGCUCAAUGCAAUUCCUCUGUGAGGAGUUCUUUGUACAGUGGAGAAUACUGUACAAAGGAAGAGGAAACCCUUCUCUUCUACAGUAUACACCAAGCAUUAUGUUUUGCUCUGGACUUGCAAAAACAGAAAGCUUUGAAUGCAUCCAAUGGUUUAAACACUUCUACUGACUGA